AUGCCCUUACCCUCGUGCAUUACCAACGUUAAAUGUGGCAUAGAGAGCUGUAACUGCUGCACUCCAGUCAGCGACUACCUUGCUAACAAGGCUCGGAAAUACCGCCCUAGUCCUGGUGCCCUUGCCUUUGAAGACUGGCUCCGGAACCCGUUCAUCUGGCUGCAUUACGUCCCAAGCAAUGAUGGCUUACAGCUCGCCGACUAUGUACUGAGGGCUAAUGACACCGGCUGUUGGUCAAUCCAUGACGUGCAGCGGUACUUCCGCGGCCAGAUGCACUGCGAGAAGGUGCUCUUCACCUGCCAGUAUCCGAACCUGCGUCUGCAAACGCCCUUGGGGAACCACUCCUGGAGAUGCCACGCGGCGCGCAAGCGUCCGCCUGCCAACUAUUUGAAGGAGUUCCAUAGAUCUUUGGCAGUUGUCCUUAAGGUUAAAACG